AUGGGCAACGCGAUUGUGCAGGAGCGGUUCGACGUGUUGCAGGGGGUGAGCAUCAACAUGGACAUGGCGAGCUUGUUCCUGAUGUCGUCGGCGCUGGCUACAGUCGACGACAAGCCGCUCAGCGACGCGAAGCUCGCGGGGCGAUAUCUCAAGUACGACCUAGGCCGCACGUUCGACCCGUACCGGCAGCUGUGCACCAACAUGUACCGCACCAGGGAUGGGCGCUUCUUCCACCUACACGGCAGCAUGAAUCCCGACGCGUCGCUGGCCAUGGUGGGCAUGGCACGUGAGAGCGCAUUCACGACGUCUGAGGACAUGAUGGAGGCGUAUGCGCACAAAGUCGCACGCUUCGACGCCGAGUGGUUAGACGUCGAGGCCAACGAGCACUGGCGCCAGGCCGGCGGCGUGUGUGUGCGGGCAGAUGAAUAUGCGGCGAGUGCGCAGGCCAAGGCCAUCCGCGACGACGGUCUCUACACGCUGCACACAUUUGACACGGACGAGCUGCCCGCGGUGCCCUAUCCCAGCGUAGACACAGGCAGACGCCGCCCGCUUGAGGGCCUGCGGUUGCUGGACCUGUCACGUGUCAUCGCGACGCCCACGAUCGCGAAGCUGGCCGCCCUCUUUGGCGCCACCGUCAUCCGCGUCUCUUGCCCAACACAACCAGACAUGGGCCCGCUGCUGAUUGACGGCAAUCUGGGCAAGCUCGACGUCUCGCUGGACCUCAAGACAGCCCACGGCCGCGCGACACUGCGACGCCUGUUGGACGACGCCGACAUGAUCCUCGACGGCUAUCGCCCCGGCGCCCUGGAGCGGCUGGGCUUUGGCGACGCCUAUGUCCGCGCUGUGGCUCGUCGCCGUGGUCGGGGCAUCGUCGUGGUGCGCGAGAACUGCUACGGAUGGCACGGGCCCCUGGCAUCACGUGCGGGCUGGCAGCAGAUCUCCGACUGCGUCACGGGCGUCGCCUGGGCCAUGGGCGACUUCAUGGGCUUGUCGGAGCCCGUGGUGCCGCCGCUGCCCAAUUCCGACUAUCAAAAUCGGCCUCGCUGGCAUCCUCGCCGCCGUCGACAAGCGCGCGACCCGUGGCGGCAGCUACCGUGUCGACGUCUCGCUGAACCACUGAGCCUGCGCCAGCUGCAUCCCAACUUUGCGCCGCGCCACUUUGACCACAUGGGCACGCUCGUCGGGAAGUACAUGCGCUCCGCCCGCGAGACCACUGCCCAGCUGUUCAAGCAUGCUUACUUUGAUACAAUAGAGAGCGACUUCCAUGCCCCCGACGGACGGCUGGAGACGCUGACCUUCUUGUCCUCGCCCGCCACCUUUGACGUUACCCGACUGGGCUACGACGUGGGCAGCUGCUUUCCCGGUGCCUAUCCACCCGAGUGGCCUAGAUAG